AUGGCCCGUGGACCGAGUGCGAAAAGGAGACGUUUGAGCCCUCCUGGCGACAAGGAGGCUACUGCGUCUCGGGACGCUGAGUUGUACAGCGGUGCCGACGAAUGGGACGCUGAACAAGACUACGAGCGUCGCCCGCGCAAAACGAACAAGAAAGAUAAUGAGCGCACCCGAUUGCCCAUCAAGACCUCCGAGGGAUUCGUCCACGCCGUCAAUGAGCCCGAGGAUGCAGGCGAGGAAACCGACAGCUUUUUGGGGACCGACGAUGACGAGGAUGGCUCGGGAGAAGGCGAGGAUAGCGAGGAGGAAGUGAUCGAGGAGAAGAAGCCCAAGAUUCCUGUCAAGGUUCAAAUCCUGCAAGCGAAGGAAGACCUGGCUCGUAUCGCUACUCUGAUCAACGAGGACCCCGAGGAGAACAUUGCGCUUUUCAAGACAAUGGCCGAUAUGGUGGACAACCCCGACUCGCCUGUUACGGUCAAAAAGCUGGCCUUGGCGGCGCAGGCUGCGGUCUUCAAGGAUGUCAUUCCAGGAUAUCGAAUUCGUCCUCUCACUGAGGAAGACAUGCAAGGGAAGCAUUCGAAGGAAGUGCGCAAGCUGCGCAGCUUCGAGCAGGGCCUUGUUUCAGGAUACAAGAACUACGUUCAAAAGCUGGGUGCUCUGGCGAAGCCUGGCCGGUUCAAUGCAGCAACCGACCCCGGCUUGAAGAGCCUCGCCAUCAAUUGCGCCUGCACAAUGCUUCAGGCUGUCCCGCAUUUCAACUUCCGUAGCGAAUUGAUCAAGAUUCUGGUCAACCGCCUCGCAAGGAAGCAGGUCGAUGCUGACUUUAUUAAGUGUCGGGAAACCAUGGAGGAAAUCUUCGCUAAGGACAAUGACGGAGUUGUUUCUCUCGAGGCAAUUCGCAUGAUGGCAAAGAUGAUGAAGGCACGGGACUUCAAUAUCAACGAAAGCGUUUUGGAUACUUUCCUCCAUCUGCGCCUCCUUGGUGAAUUCGCUAGAAAGGCAUCGCGUGAUCGAGUAGACCGCAACGAGCCCGAGGAAGACAGCACUUUCGGCAAAAAGCAGAAGCAGAAGCGUGAGUUCCGGACAAAGCGAGAGCGGAAGGUCAUGAAGGAGCGCAGGGUUGUCGAGAAGGAUAUGAAGGUCGCAGACGCCCUUGUCUCCCACGAGGAAAGAGACAAGAAUCAAGCUGAGACCUUGAAAUUGGUCUUUGGUGUAUACUUCCGCAUCCUGAAGCAGCGCAUCCCCAACCUUAUGGGACCUGUGCUUGAGGGUCUGGCGAAGUAUGCCCAUCUUAUCAACCAAGACUUCUUUGGUGACCUUCUGGAGGCUAUGAAGGAUCUUAUCGGCCACGCCGAGCGUGACGAGCUCGACCAAGCUGGUGAAGAUGCUUCCGAGGAAGAGGACGAAGAAGAGGAACACCACGAGGUAUCCGAAAGCACAAAACGAGAUGCUCGCCGCGAGACUCUUCUCUGCACGAUCACCGCGUUUGCCCUGCUCGAAGGCCAAGAGGUUAGCAAAGCCGCCAGCACUCUUCACCUGGAUCUGAGCUUCUUCAUCAAGCACCUCUACCGCUCCCUCUACGCCCUCUCCAUCAACCCAGACGUCGAGUUCAACCCCAACACCUCCCUGCGUCUCCCCGACCCCAACACCGCCGAAGAAUAUGCCGCUUUCCGCUUCAAGCCAAAGAACAAGGUUAACUUCCAGACCCCGAUGGUCCUGCUGCUCCGCUGCCUCCAGUCAACCCUGAUAUCCCGUGUUCACGGCACCCCUCCCCCAGUCCGUCUGGCCACGUUUGCGAAGCGUCUGAUGACGACCUCCCUCCAGCUUCCUGAAAAAUCAGCCAUUGCGACUCUGGCGUUGAUGAACCAGGUCUCCAAGAACCAUGCCCGCCGCAUCUCACCGUUGUGGCACUCGGAUGAGCGCAAGGGAGAUGGCGUGUUCAAUCCAUAUGCCACCGAUAUCGAAGCUACAAAUGUGUAUGCGGGAUCUGUUUGGGAAGGGGAGUUGUUGCGUCAGCACUACUGCCCCCAGGUCCGGGAGUCGGUGCUUGAUAUUGAGAAGAUGAUGACUGGCACUGGUAACGGCAAAAAAUAG